AUGGCGAUGUGUUUUACUGAUGUAUGGCCUGAUAAAGACAAGGAUGGGGUGAAGGAAGCAAGCCAAAGGAGGGCAAGAGAGAAGAGCGGGGAGAUGACGGCGAUGCGAGGGCGUGCACAGGAGGGUGGCACAGGCCACGUCUGGCUCAAUCACAGGGUGGCACAGGCCACGUCUGGCUCAAUCACAGGGUGGCACAGGCCAAGCCUGGCACAAUCACACAGAGGCACAGGCCACGUCUGGCUCAAUCACAGGGUGGCACAGGCCACGCCUGGCACAAUCACACGGAGGCACAGGCCAAGCCUGGCACAAUCACACAGUGGCACAGGCCACGCCUGGCACAAUCACACGGAGGCACAGGCCACGCCUGGUACAAUCACACAGAGGCACAGGCCAAGCCUGGCACAAUCACACGAUGGCACAGGCCACGCCUGGCACAAUCACACGGAGGCACAGGCCACAUCUGGCUCAAUCACAGGGUGGCACAGGCCAAGCCUGGCACAAUCACACGGAGGCACAGCCCACGUUUGGCUCAAUCACAGGGUGGCACAGGCCACAUCUGGCUCAAUCACAGGGUGGCACAGGCCAAGCCUGGCACAAUCACACGGAGGCACAGGCCAAGCCUGGCACAAUGACACGGAGGCACAGGCCAAGCCUGGCACAAUGACACGGAGGCACAGGCCACGCCUGGCACAAUCACACGGAGGCACAGCCCACGUUUGGCUCAAUCACAGGGUGGCACAGGCCACGCCUGGCACAAUUACACGGAGGCACAGGCCACAUCUGGCUCAAUCACACGGAGGCACAGGCCACGCCUGGCACAAUCACACGGAGGCACAGCCCACGUUUGGCUCAAUCACAGGGUGGCACAGGCCACACCUGGCACAAUCACACGGAGGCACAGGCCACAUCUGGCUCAAUCACACGGAGGCACAGGCCAAGCCUGGCACAAUCACACGGAGGCACAGGCCAAGCCUGGCACAAUGACACGGAGGCACAGCCCACGUUUGGCUCAAUCACAGGGUGGCACAGGCCACAUCUGGCUCAAUCACAGGGUGGCACAGGCCAAGCCUGGCACAAUGACACGGAGGCACAGGCCACGCCUGGCACAAUGACACGGAGGCACAGGCCACGCCUGGCACAAUCACACGUAGGCACAGCCCACAUUUGGCUCAAUCACAGGGUGGCACAGGCCACGCCUGGCACAAUCAC